GGGGAGAUGAGCCAAUCUUGUCGUAUGAAACAGUGGUACAGCAAGAGCUGAAAUACACUCGGCCAGUUAUCAUCCUGGGCCCAUUGAAAGAUAGAAUCAAUGAUGACCUCAUCUCAGAGUUCCCAGAGAAGUUCGGCAACUGUGUGCCCCACACAACAAGAGAGAAGAGAGCACACGAAGAAGACGGGCGAGACUACCAUUUUGUGUCCUCCCGUGAGCAGAUGGAGAAGGACAUUCAGAACCACCUCUUCAUUGAGGCCGGGGUUUAUAACGAUAACCUGUAUGGUACUAGCGUGGCUUCCGUCAAAGAGGUCGCCGAACAGGGUAAACACUGUAUUCUGGACGUCAGUGGCAACGCCAUCAAGAGACUGCAGGUGGCGGGGCUCUACCCCAUUGCUAUCUUCAUCAAACCCAAGUCUGUCGAAUCCAUCAUGGAAAUGAAUAAAAGGAUAACAGAGGAGCAGGCAAAAAAGACAUAUGAUCGAGCACUCAAGUUGGAAGCUGAGUUUGGAGAAUAUUUCACUGCUGUAGUUCAAGGUGACUCAGCAGAAGAGAUUUACUCAAAGAUCAAAGAGGUCAUCAGCGACCAAUCAGGGCCUCACAUCUGGGUUCCGGCCAAGGACAGACUCUGA